AUGAGUCUAAACACUGAAAGAGAUGAUUCAUUCCCUAUAAUUAAUGAUUAUGAAGAGUUCCUGAAAAAGUCAAAAAAUCACUUUGAAAAUACCUUCAACAAGAAAGUAUCGACCACCAUGUCUAUUGAAGAAUUCAGUUGUAUAAGAACUCUAGGCACUGGUUCAUUUGGCCGUGUCAUGCUUGUCAGACAUAAGGGAUCUGGAAAUUAUUAUGCUAUUAAAAUUCUGGAUAAAUCAAGAAUCGUUAAACUAAGACAAAUAGAACAUACAUUAAAUGAGAAGAAGAUACUCCAGGCUCUCCGAUUCCCUUUUAUAGUUUACCUAGAAUAUUCUUUUAUGGAUAGUAAUUAUAUUUAUUUUGCGAUGCCAUUUGUAUCUGGUGGUGAAAUGUUUUCUCUUCUCCGAAAGAGUGGAAAAUUUGAAGAAACACAGUCAAAAUUCUAUGCAGCGCAGGUAGUUUUGGCUUUAGAAUACAUGCAUUAUCUUGAUAUUAUUUAUCGUGACCUAAAACCAGAAAAUAUUUUAAUAGACAGAUUUGGCUACUUAAAAGUUACAGACCUUGGUUUCUGCAAAGUUAUAAGUUCUAGAACAUGGACACUUUGUGGCACACCAGAAUACAUAGCUCCUGAAAUUAUUUUAAGUAAGGGAUAUGGCAUGGCUGUUGACUGGUGGUCCUUUGGUGUUCUUGUAUAUGAAAUGAGUGCUGGCUUUCCACCUUUCUAUGCCAAAGAGCCAAUGAAGAUUUAUGAAAAAAUACUAUCGGGCAAGUAUCGAAAUGCACCUUCUUUCGGUAGUGACGUUAAAGACCUUAUAAAAAACUUGCUUCAGGUUGAUGUUACCAGAAGGUUUGGUAAUCUUAAAAAUGGUGUUGAUGACAUUAAGAAUCACAGAUGGUUCAAUAGUAUUAACUGGUUGGAAAUCUUAAACAGAGAAAUCAAACCCCCAUAUGUACCAUCUUUAAAAUCUUCUGGGGAUUCAAGCAACUUUGACCAAUAUAGAGAGGAGCCUCUGAAGCAGUCGGGGACAGACAGAUAUGCAAGAGAGUUUAGAGAUUUCUAA